UCGGUCGCCGGUCUCUCCGCAGAAACAUUAUUAUUUUGUUCAUCAAUGUGCGCCAAACUGAACAUUGCAAAAAACAGCAGCCAAGCUGACUUUUCCUUGCAUUUUCUUUUGAGUGUUUGAGAAUUUUCCCACCCGUUUUCCCGUCUUACCGUUUUUCCGUCGACGAGUUUUUCGCGUUCUGUUUUUCCAACGCGUCGCGACAGAUGCACAAAGCACUUUUCCACAAACAAGAAUAAAUGGGACAUAAAGAGUGGAAUCGGAUUCUGAACUGAGGAAAAAGGAAAAAAUCAGCGGAAAAGUGAUUUUCUUUUGUUCAGUAGUGAACGAUUUUCUUUAUUAUACUUUUUGAGGCCAUCGAGAAGAACGAAACCAUCAGGGUCAUGAGUGAUAAUUGAUCUAGAUGAGGAUUUGUGUCGCCUCAAAUGCAUAAAGAAUGCUGUCUGCUGACAAAAGGAUUAUGUUCUGAGAAAUAUCCUUGAUCAGGAAUUCGCUGUUACCAUCAAAAUAACUCAUCCCAUCGCUAACAUCAACAAAGAACAACGAUAAGAAUCGUCUAUGAGAGUAGCAAAACAUGGAUGAUGUAUGCUAUGGAUAUAGAACAUAAGGUGGAUUUGAUAAAAAAAAAAGUCAAAUGUGCUUGGAAAUCCCCAAAAAUGUGCAAUGACUAUGCACAAACAGAAAAAUCUCCAUUAAAAAUUCAUCCCGCAACAGGAACAGCAUCAAAAAUGGAUUGAAGCUUUUGCAUCAAGUGCAUCUCUCCAAGCGUGGAUUCAUAUCAACUUCAUACUACGCAGAAGCUCUGCCAAAAAAUGUGAAAAUCCUUCCUCCAUUCAUCACAACUUUUGUUCUUAUUUGUUACGUUUUGGAAGUCACAGGCUCGUCAAAAGCUAAACGGUUCGGACAUUUUUUUUUUAUUUCUCGAAGUGAACAAUUUCUGCGGAAAAAAAUUGACCAUUUUGGAACGAAACUAAAAAUGUGUAAUUUAUUACCCUCAUAAGUUGUAAAUAUGUAAGAAGAAAAGUGUACAAAGUGGAAAUAAUCGCAAAAUAUUGGAACCUUUAGACCCAUAACUAACACUCGGAUUAUAAACCCAACCAAAAAGAAAAAAAAAAUCAUCAAUGAAAAGAAACUCUCAAGCAACAACCGGUGCGGAGAGCUAAUGCCGAAUGUUUGUGCAAGCAAGUCGAAAACAAUUUCUCCUGAGAAUAGUGAAGUGACAACAAAACUCACAAGCAUCGGGCUAAGCGUGGUGAGACCGUGAAACGUGCCCCGAGAAAAUAUCGAUUUUAUGUUUUGAGAAAACAAAUCAGCUGAUAAACUGCGUCGGUGGAGAGGAGGGGCCACGAACGAAAGGACCGGGCGGACUGACGUGAAGAUCUCGCAUAUGGGCGUUUUACAAUGGAUUGUUACUUUUAAGGCAGAACAACACGGCAGAAUGGACAUCUAAAAUGGUGGCUUGUUGCUUGCUUCCCCGGAGUUAAGGACUACUGCAGCACAUUUUUCGUUCCUGAUUUGCUCUUGUUUGCAACGCUUCAAACUGUGAAACAAAUAUCUCCAUAAUGGCAAUCAACUUCUCCGCUUCAUUCGCUGCAUGUCUUGCUGCGGGUCUCAAGGUGCCUAGGCAGAUUAUGUACUGCAUAUCGCAGGAUACGCCCUACGUUCUCUACAAGGAUUCACAGGAAGCAGUUGAACGCACAGCUGCCCUCGGUGGUCAAUGGGGUGGUGAAAUGUAUCCAGCAUUGCAGCAAAACGCCCAUAUUCCACCGCACAAUAACGGUUCCCAUCAGAUUGCGGUCCCCCAUCCGCAACAGCAAGUGGCUCAUCAGCCCCAGCAUCAAACUCCCAACAGCCCACCAAACCACCAAGACAACCGACCCCAGCAACCGGGUGAACAAGCCAACGGCCAGCUACACAGCCCAGCGACAAGUCCCUACCCACAGAACCACGGCCCUGAAAUGGAUGAAGCGAUUAUCAAGGCUCAAAACAUGCAACAGAACGUCCAUGCGCCGCAGAAUGGACAGGUGAAUCAAGUACAAUCAAAUGGACAAACAACUUCACCUUCUCAAAAUAUCGAACAUACGAACCAGCAUACAGUUCAAAACGGACCAAAUCAACCUAGCCAAGCUUCCCAACCACAACAACCACCCGCCAAUACGGGAUCUGGUCAACAACAGCAGUCUCAACAACAGCAACAACCACAGCAGCAAUGCUUCCCGGAGUCCGGUCAACCCGAACUAAGCUAUUACGCUCAACGCCAUCAUGGGCCACAAGGUGCAAUGCUUCCACCCCCAGGAUUCACUCCUUUACAUCACUACUUGAACAAGUCUGGCGUCCUCACGGGGAUGCCCUCCGGAAUGGAACAGGGAAACCCUUUGGAACAAUACGCAAUGCCUGAGCUGCUCCAUGGGAACCAAAAUCAUCAUCCCACCGCAAACGGAACGCACAAAUCUAAAGGUUCCGACCUUAGGCUGUUCAAAUGUCUAACCUGCGGGAAAGACUUCAAGCAGAAGAGCACCUUACUGCAGCACGAACGGAUCCACACCGAUUCGCGUCCUUACGGGUGCCCUGCCGUGGAAUGUGGCAAACGUUUCCGGCAGCAAUCGCACCUGACCCAGCAUCUGCGCAUUCACGCCAACGAGAAACCAUUCGUGUGUCCAUUCUGUCAGCGAGCAUUCCGGCAGCGAGCCAUACUGAACCAACACAUCCGAAUUCACUCAGACGUCUCCCCUCAUUUGAUUUUCAAAAAUGGACCACACGCAACGCUGUGGCCUCAGGACGUCCCGUACCCACCGGAACAGGAAGGCCAGCCAAAGGACGAACAAACUUUCGGCGACGAGGCAUCCCAAGGAACUCCCGAAUCUCGGGGGUGCUUUUCGCCGGAAGGAAACUUACAAUACCCCUCGUACUUCAAGGAUACCAAGGGUGUAAAUCAUUCAAUAUUCGGCAACAACAUACCCUACCUUGGCAAAGUGCCCAACGGAGGCAAGACGAUGCUACCGGACGUCAUCCAACAUGGACGUUCGGCCGGUAUGCCGUUGUACGUGCGUUGUCCCAUUUGCCAGAAGGAGUUCAAACAAAAGAGCACCCUGUUGCAGCACGGUUGCAUUCAUAUUGAAUCGCGACCGUAUCCAUGUCCGGAGUGUGGUAAGCGCUUCCGGCAGCAAUCCCACCUGACGCAGCACUUGAGAAUACACACGAACGAGAAACCCUUUGGAUGCCCGUACUGUCCGCGGUUCUUCCGGCAGCGAACGAUUCUCAAUCAGCAUAUUCGAAUUCACACCGGCGAGAAACCUUACAAAUGCGCGCAAUGUGGCAAGGACUUCCGUCAGAAGGCCAUCCUCGAUCAACACACGAGAACCCACCAGGUAGGCGAUCGUCCAUUCUGCUGUCCAAUGCCAAACUGCCGGCGACGAUUCGCAACGGAACAGGAAGUCAAGAAACAUAUCGAUAACCACAUGAAUCCACAUUCAUCUAAAUCGCGCAAACUUGCAGCACUGAACAAUAACAACAAUAACAACAAUAAUAAUAACAAUAACAACAACAAUGCAAACAAUAAUAAUAACAAUAAUGUUAUUAUGGAGCAAAAAGUGUCACCGACGUUCCUGAUGGACAAACAAACCAAUCUCAUCCAAAGAAUGGGACCGGUAAAGCAUGAACUGUACUUCCCGCAGUGCUACGGACCUGCAUUCAACCAGCAGUUUGUGGCCGGAGCAGCAGUAGUUACGUCAAAUCCAUCAGCCACGGUUAAUGGCAACACUGCUGUGCCCCCCACUUCCAGCGUUCCACCAACGACGGCCGUCAACGGACCCACAAAUCCGAACUCCCAACAGACACAUACAACGGCAACGGUGACGGCUGUUCCGGCCUCGGUAGCUGCCGUUAUCACUGCACCAACUCCACAGGCCAUUGUGGCACAGUGACACCCAAUGGGUGAUCAGGGAGUACCGGGGUCAAUACCGAUACCACCGCCAACCGGUCCACCUGGACCACCUGCCCUAAUAGCCAUCCAUCAUUGAACGGAUGGAACAGACCGCAAUCCUACCCAACUCAACAAAUAGCACUUUAAUUCACCUUGCGUGCUGAUUUAGUGCUAUUGUAGCCAUAUAAUAGCACUAUAAGCCCAAAAAACGCGAAUUAGAGGGCUUAUGGUUUCUUGGGUAGACAUACAUUCUCAAUUAUCAGAAAUGGUGUUUGACAUAACGUGGAAUGUAGUAACAUCUCGAAUAGAAGCUACCUAUUCAAACACAACUAACAGUUCUGUAUCAAUCAACGUAUCAUCAAGUGGGUUAACAGAAAAUGAAACAGUGCGAACUUCGGUUUCUGGAAAAACUGAUAUAUCAAGUAACGAAGCAUACAAGCAAUUUCAUAAGACAAAGAUAUUGGUGCAAAUUUUUCACUUUCUAAUGAUAAACGGACAAGACUGUGAUCAUCACAAUCGCCCAUUGUGACUACACAUCAUCAAACCUGUAACCAGGUUAGCAGAUACGAGACGUAAGCCCCCAAUAUUCACCGGGUGGCGAAUAGGAAUCGAAACCAAAGACUGACGACUGUUGGAAAGUGAAUCGCUUUUUACAUGUGGAAACAAAUCGUAUACGACAAGAGCUUUUAAGAUAUUGUAAAUUAGGUGGUGAAAAAUUUGCACAAUAGCUUAUGGUCAAAAACUUUUUAUUUAGAAUGAAGUUGCAAUCUGAUGGUGACGUGAAGAAAUAUAUGUGUCUAGAUUUAAAAGAGAACUGACAAGUCAAAUUCAGCUGGAUUUCUGAAACCGUAAGAAUCCUAUCAAACUAAAGCAGUUGUUACCAGUAAGAUAAAUGCCAAAUUCAAGUAUACAUAUGAAUUUUGACUUUCCCGCUAAACUCAACUGAUACCCAAAAGAAAAUGAUUUUAAAAGAAAUUAGAAGAGGGUAUCAUUCACAUCUAUGAGAUUAAACUCAGUAAUGUUUAAGGAACAAGAGUGCCUAGCUGUUGUACAUUAGAAUGUUUUCCAUUCGAUUUCCAUUGCCAUGAACGAGAGGAAUAAACACCCAGCUUCAAAACGCAGUCAAAACGGUUAAUAAAAAUAUACCUCCACUACAAACAAAGAGAAUGAAAACGACUGUAAAUGAACAAAACAAAUCUAACUAAAAAUAGAGCAACUGAGGAAACAAAACAUAGUUAUAUAACUUCCACAAUAACAAAACAGAUGGUGCUAUUUUUAUUAUAAACUUUUUUAACAGUGGAAAACUUUAUUAAGUAAAUAACAGAACAGAAAUAGUUAAUUGAUUAAAACAAUUGAUCACAUAAUCAAUACAAUAGAAACAACAAAGCAUAACAAACAAUAAACAAAAACAAUAGGAAAAUUAAGUUAUACAAACUCAAACACACCAGUCAACAAUAGCUAAAGCAAACUAGAACAAUAUGAAAUGCAACUUUUAUUGUUAUAUUUAUACCCGCCAUUGAAACAAAACCACAAUAGAGCCAAUGUGAAUGAGCAGACACCCGCUGAACAAGCAACACAACAGAGACUACAAUCAAAUAUUUACCGAUGUUUCCUUUCUUGUCCUACAAUAUACAAUAGAUCGUAAC